AUGGCCCGUACAAAACAAACCGCACGUAAAUCAACUGGUGCUAAAGUACCACGUAAACACAUUGGUUCUAAACAAGCCCAUAAACAAACUCCAGUCUCUUCAUCAAGUGGUGGUGUAAAGAAAGUACAUCGUUUCAGACCAGGUACUGUCGCUCUUAGAGAAAUCAGAAAAUACCAAAAGAGUACCGAUCUCUUAAUUCGUAAACUCCCAUUCCAACGUUUAGUCAGAGAAAUCGCACAAGAAUUCAAAACCGAUCUUCGUUUCCAAUCUGCCGCCAUCGGUGCCCUUCAAGAAGCCUCUGAAGCUUACUUGGUUGGUUUAUUCGAAGAUACCAAUUUAUGUGCCAUCCACGCUAAACGUGUUACUAUCAUGCCAAAAGAUAUUCACUUAGCCAGACGUAUCAGAGGUGAAAGAUCAUAA